AUGGAUUAUAUUUACAGGAGGGGGUUCUACGAUCUCAUCGAACUGAUCGCCAUCGGCGAAGACGAGAGAGGACGGAAUCCAUCGCAGUCUUUAAAACGCAGCGUAAAAAUUAAACAAACCUUUUAA